AUGCACCAAUUGAAACGCCUGUCUUGCUCUCACUUUUCUUUUUUGACCCCUCUGGUCUUCUCCGCGGAUCUCUUGUGCUCCUGUUGUGACGCGCACCCACGACCAAUUCCCGCUUCCCUGCACACACGCAUGCAAGCACACUUCCAGGCGGCAAGAGGUGCUCUCCACAUAAUAUUUUGUUGUUAUCGAGCAGACCCUCUUUCCCUCAAACAGACGCUCAGAAUGAGUUUCGCACGCCGGCCAAUCACUCCCAUUGAGAUCUUGCGUAACUGCCGCGGCAAGGAGGUCUCCAUCGAACUUGCGGACGGCGAGACUGUGAACGGCACCGUCAUGCGCACGGAUCGUGCCAUGAACGUGGUGAUCAAGCAGUGCACUCGCACGGGCGCUGACGGCGAGUCGUUUUGGAAGGCGCGUGAGUGUUUUGUCCGUGGCGCCAGCGUGAAAAAUGUGCGUAUGACGGACAGUGCACUUGUCGCUGCUCCGGUGCCAUCGAAACGCAAGGCGGCAGGCGGCAAAGGCGCCCAUGCCCACAAGGAGAAAUCCGUAGCAGGUGGAAAGCGGCCGCAGAAGUAG